AUGCCCCCACUCUCUCUCUCUCUUACUGUUUUACUCUCUACAUCCCUCUCUCUUUCUGUUUUAAUACCUAUGCCCCCCACUCACUCUCUCUCUCUCUUACUGUUUUACUCUCUACAUUCCUCUCUCUUUCUGUUUUACUACCUAUGCCCCCAUUCUCUCUCUGUCUUACUGUUUUACUCUCUCCGUCCCUCUCUCUUUUAUUACCUAUACCCCCACUCUCUCUCUCUCUCUCUCUCUCUUACUGUUUUACUCUCUACGUUCCUCUCUCUCUCUCUCUGUUUUACUAUCUAUGCCCCCAUUCUCUCUCUCUCUCUCUCUCUGCUUUUCUGUCGUGGCUAUUCUCCUUUCUUUCUUUCUUUCUUUUUUUCUUCAGCUGGCCAUUAUCCUUCUCUUUCAUUCUUUCUAUCUUUCUUUCUUUUUUCUUUCGUCCUUCGGAUGGCCAUUAUCCUUUCUUUCUUUCUUUCUUUCUUUCUUUCUUCCUUCCUUCAGCUGGCCAUUAUCCUUUCUAUCUUUCUUUCUUUCUUCCUUCAGCUGGCCAUUAUCCUUUCUUUCUUUCUUUCUUUCUUUCGUCCUUCAGCUGGCCAUUAUCCUUUCUUUCGUUCUUUAACUGGCAAUUGUCCUUUCUUUUUCUCUGCCUUUCUUUCUUUCGUCAUCAGCUGGCUAUUGUCCUUUUUUUCUUUCUCUCUUCAAUUGUUCAUUAUUCUUUCUUUUUCUUUCAUCUCUUUCUUUCUUUAUUUAGUCCCUCAGCUGGCUAUUAUCUCUUCUUUCUUUUUUCUCUCUUUCUGUUUUUCUUUCUUUCGUCCAUCAACUGGCAAUUGUACUUUAUUUAUUUAUUUAUUUAUUUUCUUUCUUUCUUUAAACGCCCCUUCGUUCCUUUUGUUUCUUUCUUUCAUUCUUCCUUUCUUCUCUCUUUCUUUCUUUAUUUUCUUUCUUUAUUUAUUUAUUUCUUUCGUCUAUCAACUGGCCAUUGUACUUUAUUUUCUUUCUUUCUUUCUUUCUUUAAACACCCUUCUUUCCUUUUGUUUCUUUCUUUCUUCCCUCUCUCUUUCUUUCUUUCUUUCUUUAUUUUCUUUCUUUCGUCCAUCAACUGGCCACUGUACUUUAUUUAUUUAUUUAUUUAUUUAUUUAUUUUAUUUAUUUAUUUAUUUAUUUCGUCCAUCAACUGGCAAUUGCACUUCCUUUAUUUAUUUAUUUUCUUUCUUUAAACGCCCCUUCGUUCCUUUUGUUUGUUUGUUUGUUUCUUUCUUUCUUUCUUCUCUCUUUCUUUAUUUUCUUUCUUUAUUUCUUUCUUUCGUCCAUCAACUGGCCAUUGUACUUUAUUUUUUCUUUCUCUCUUUCUUUCUUUCUUUAUUUAUUUAUUUAUUUUCUUUCUUUCUUUCUUUAAACACCCUUCUUUCCUUUUGUUUGUUUCUUUCUUUCUUUCGUCCAUCAACUGGUCACUGUACUUUCUUUCUUUAUUUAUUUAUUUUCUUUCUUUUGUUCUUUCUUUCACCUCCUCUCAUCAUUUCUUCUUAA